AUGGAUAUUAUGGAUAUUGGUAUAGUGCAUAAUAUGACAGCUCACAAGAAAAACAAGCAAUCUAGAGCUAUGCCAAGUCUUUACAAAGAUACAACCUCAUUGAAAGAUAUCAUUAAAAGAAGCCUACGCCUGUCCAAUGACAAUAAUUGGUCCGUUAAACUUUCAGGUGGAAAGGAUAAGAGUUCCGGUUAUAUUGUCAUCGAUAGUAAAAAUCAUACCUUUGGUGUCUGCUCUAAAAAUUGGGCAAUGUCUAACGAUGACGUAAUAUGUCGCCAAAUGGGAUUUGAUGGAGCAGCCCGUCAAUUAGGCAAUGAGCGCCCUGCUAACAAAAUGAAACUGAACGGCUGGACGAUGAGAAUGCACUGCUAUGGUUACGAAUCGAGACUACAACUUUGCCAGGUGUCCAAGUCGAACUUAUUUAUGAACAGUAUCCCAUGUCCAGAUAAUUCCUAUGUGUUUGUGCAAUGUCAAAAGCCUUGUGCUACAUCAGACCCUUAUGGUAGUCCUACAAUUUGUUCAACAUUCGAAUGCGGCUUAUGCAAUUGGAAAAGUACCAUCCUUCAUGGAAAUAUUGGUUGGAAUUGGUUUCCAAAACAAGAAUCUCAUCAAUAUAGAUAUAGUCCAUUAUCGGCUAAUUCAUUAGUGGCUCCCCCUUUUGCUUAUGUCGUUAGGCCUCCAGAAUAUGACCAGCAAAUGAUUGCAAAAUUGGAAAGCCCCUUACUUAAUUUAAUAUCGAAGCCAUUGCAGAUUAUGAUACACUAUGAAGUGGAAGGAAAUGACCUUAGUCACUACCAAAUUCAUGCUGUGGAUGAACAUGAACAUCUUAUCAAUUUUACCACGGUUAACUUGCAUGCCGUUUCGAAAAAUCAGCUCACUAAGAAAAGCGUAAUUUAUCCUCAUCAUUCAGGAAAAGUAAAGAUCGCUUUUAUUGUAAUUUCACUUGCAGUACAUAAAAGUCAUCAAUCUAGUGCCUUCAUAUUGCACGACUUCAUCGUCAGCGGAGCAGAAUUAAAUAGAAACCGCUCUUUUAUGAUCGGCAUUGGAUUUGUUGGUUUCGCUAUUAUAUUUGGAAUAAUUGGAGGAGUUUUCUACUGCAUUGUAUCAGCCAGGCGUGAAGCUGCUAAAGCAGCCUCAGAAGAUCAGGAAAAAUCCAAAGAAAGUUCAAGCGGAAAAUCCCCAGAUGUGGAACUAAUGGAAAUGAUAUCGUCGAGAAGCAGAGACGUAUCAACUGUGUAA